AUUGCAUUGAAGUGCAGGCAGGCUCUGGGUCAGGCUCAGAGAAGAGCCAGCCCAGCCAGCCCAGCAGCCCCGGGCGCGUGUGCACACGCAUGCUCGCAUCCAUACCCAGACCAUGCCAUCCCCAUCAGAGCACGCGCCGGGCCCAAUCCAUACCGUCAACCCAUCCAGACCUUUCCUUGUCAGAUCAGACAGACCACACACCAUGCAGUGGACUAGCCGCUGCUGCCAGCGUAGAAGCUCAAACGGGCAGCCGCCUGCUCGUGCUUGUACGACAGGUCAAAAAUCUUAUUAGCCUAGCCCGCUUGUUGGUGUCCUCCCUUUUUAUCCUCCCCUCGCCCUUCGAUUCCGAGCCCCCAGGGCUCCCGUAUUUGCCGUGCUCCAUUGCCCAAACCAGACAGACAUAUAUAAGGCCGUUAUUGCUUUUAUUCUUAUUAUUCUGGAGACCCCCAGGCCCCCAGGCCCCCAGGCUCCCAGCCAGCACACCUGACGGGCUGGCAUGAUAAUAAGCGACCGCCUGCUUUUGCCACUACUGACUGCCACUCCCGGGCUGCGUCGGCCUCUCGGCCUCUCCAGGUCGGUCUCGGCGCUCACCGUGUGCCCCCAUGUUCCUCCCCCGUGGGCGUGAGGUACAGCAGCAGCAAAGCACAGGUCAGGUCAGGUCAGGCCAGGCCAGGCCAGGCCAGGCCAGGUCUAGACGGGGGGGCGCGCAGAAACGGGCCAGUACCGAGUACACAAGAAACAGACAGAACCACAAGACAGAAACACACACACACACACACAUACUCACUCGGCCAGAGAGGGAAAGAGCGACAAGAGCCGAUCGAUCACUCUUCAACUUAUUAGCCCGCCCCGUUUCAGUCAGUCAACCUCUCAGUCAGUCAGCCAGCCAGCCAGCCAGCCAGCCAGCCCAGUCUCAUCCAGCCACUGACUGAGUGAGCGGGCGAGGCCUCGUAACCCUGGACUCGACGACUGGUGGCAAUUGGUCUGGCAUGGCUGAACUGGCUGCAAAGAUACGGGCCAGGUUCAAACGCCGGCCUUCUGCCAUCCCCUCACUGCUCAGCAGCAGGUCAACCGGCAGCCACACCUCGUCUUCGCACCGCAGCCACAAUGCAGAUCGGCCCUCCAAGUCGCGUGCGGGCAGCUCACGCGUCUCCGUCAUCUUGGACCUGGACGACGACGGCAGUGCCGGCUCCCCAACCCGGUCCCAGCCUGCAUGCACCGGGCCAGGAAUGGUGGGACUGCCGGGCCUAGGCGUGGGCGAGGGCCAGGGCGAGGGCGAGGGCGAGGUCGAGGGCAGCCAGGGCGAGGGCAGCCAGGGCGAGGGCAGCCAGGGCGGCAGCAACAAGGGCGACGAGGACCUGGCUGGUGACGCUCCUCAGCCUCCGCCGCCGCACCUGCACGAGCACCACCACCAAUCUGAGCCCGAUACCACCGGCCCAAUUUCCCCAGCCCAGCACGAUUCCUCAGCCCGCCCUCUGGCUCAAAAUGCCCCGGCUGCCCAACACGCCUCGUCGUCGUCGUCCUCCUCCCCCCAAGAGACACUAGCAACAACGACGCCAACUGCUCCAACUCGUGCCCCAGCUCUGGACGAAGCGUCCUCGGGUAGUGUCUUGGCCGGCUCCCCUGAGCCACCACCACCACCAGCCCCUGCGGUCGAAUCCGACACUGGGUCUGAGCGACCUGCGCCUGCGCCUGCGCCUGCACCUGCACCUGCACCUGCAACUGCUUCACCUGCACCCGAACCCGAGACUGCACCUGCUGCGCCCGACCCCAGCGAGGGCCCGACAGCAACCGCAUCGGCCAGCGUCAUGCCGGGCAACGAUCUGCACCCGUCACCGCGAAAACUCUCGUGCAUCAGCGAACAUCCCUCCCAGGACCACCAGGAACUGCUCCCAACCCCAGAUCCCACCUCCGCCCACCCACACCUGGCCCCCAUCACAAAACCCGCCGCCGCCUCGGCCGAUGCAACUUCACCUCAGGCCUCGAAACAAGACGAUGCUGACGACAAACCCGCCGCCGCCGCCGCCGCCGCUGCUCCUCCUCCUCCACCUCGAACUCCCAAAUUAGCUCCCGCCGCGACCCAACGGCCCUUCCACAUCCCACUCCCCACCGCAGCCGCCGCCGCCCCUCCCUCCGCCGCCAACCUAUCGCCCAUCGCCGCAUACAGCCCAAAGGCCGGCACCGUCACCCCGAGCUCCCCGCUCGCCCGCAACUCCUCCUCCCUCGCCUCGAGACCCGCUGCUCCCGUCCGGCGGCAAUCGCUCCUCUCAAACAGGCAGUCUACCCUGAUCCAGACCUUGCUGCGCGGGUCCCAGCCCGACGACAUCGCCAGCAUCAGCAACGAGCAGCUGCUCCCCAUCAGCGGCAACAUGGUCAUGCGCAAGAUCUGGGUCAAGAGGCCUGGCGCCUCCGCCACCCUGGUAACCAUAAACGAGGACGACUUGGUAGACGACGUGCGAGACAUGAUCUUGCGCAAGUACGCCAAUUCCCUCGGCCGCCAGUUCGAUGCGCCAGACCUCACCCUCCGCAUCAGGCCCAAUGGGAACCAGCAGGAGCGCAUGCUCGGGCCCGAGGAGCCAAUGUCUCGAACCCUCGAUGCUUACUUUCCUAGUGGACAGACAGUUGACGAUGCCCUCAUCAUUGACGUCCCGCUGCGACGGACUCCCAAGGCCUCCCCCCGCGCCGGCCCUCCCCACGCGCCGCAUGUCCAGUACUACGUUGAAGAGGCGAGGCCCUCAGAGGCAGGAAACGACUACUUCGGACCAGGUGCCAUUUCAACCCUGCCUGUCACAGUGACCGCGCCGGCCAACGGAUCGGCCCCCCAACACGCCAUUUCAAUCCUGCAGACCGGGCACCCCCCGCAGAUACCAUCGCCAGGCGGCACGCGAGCAAGGACGUAUAGGGAAAGACCCGAGCGGCCGAGGUUAGGACGCCAGCACACUUCCUCGCCCACCCUGAUAAACAUGGCCUCCGGAACAACCCACCAGGCGUCCAUUUCCACAGCCGCUGGAGCCCCUCAUGGUAUGCAACACAUGAUACACUCCAGACCAGCCCCCCGAUCAAGAACUCAUUCCAAUGCCUCAGACCAGUCACAAGCAGCACCGGCCGCCCCGGCCAUCCCCACCCCACCGCCUCCUGAAGGGGCGGCUGCAUCUCAGCGCUCAGCCACCCCACCACCCCGUGUGUCGUCACCAAGACCCAAGGCCUCCAAGAAGAAGAAGCCCGCAGAGCACCCGUCCCUGCCCAAGGGCAUGCUGAACGGCAACGUGCCGCCCAUCAACGUCCUCAUCGUGGAGGACAACAUCAUCAACCUCAAGCUGCUCGAGGCUUUUGUCAAACGCCUCAAGGUGCGGUGGUCAACCGCCAUGAACGGCCGCGACGCUGUCACCAAGUGGCGCGGCGGCGGUUUCCACUUGGUCUUGAUGGACAUCCAGUUGCCAGUCAUGAGCGGUCUAGAUGCAACCCGCGAGAUCAGGCGGCUUGAGAGGGUCAACUCGAUCGGCGUCUUCAGCUCGGCCGCCGACGCGCCCCCGGAGGUCAAGGGCGAGCCGGACGAGAAGGACAGGCUCGAGAACAUGGACCUCUUCAAGUCACCGGUCAUCAUUGUCGCGCUGACCGCCAGCUCGUUGCAGAGCGACCGUCAUGAGGCUCUGGCGGCGGGGUGUAACGACUUCUUGACCAAGCCCGUCAACUUUGUCUGGCUCGAGCGCAAGGUCAUGGAAUGGGGCUGCAUGCAGGCGCUUAUUGACUUUGACGGCUGGCGCAAGUGGAAGGACUUUUCUGCCAAGCUGGAAGAGGACAGGAGAUCGUCCUCUGCCGUGGCGGCGCAGAAGGCCAAGGUCAAGAGGAACAGGUCGAGUAUGAGCCAGGCCGUCGCCGCGGGCGCCUAGACGAGUAACAUUUGGCACACGUGAGCAUCAAACAACCAUUAUCUCCAUACACGGGAGGUGCAACAAUCACCUGGGAUAGAUGCCUUGAGAAAAAGACGGUGUUAAGAUAGAGGAGGGGUGUCCGCGGAUGAGAAGCAGGGGGUGAUCUGUUGUAUAAGACCACCACAAAACAAACGACUGCAUUGUAAUGAUUUUUGUUCUGGAUGGUACUUGGGACACAGCACAAUUUACAGGGUGGAAAAUUGGCGGCAAGCAUCUUCCUUUGUAAUAGCCAUAUUUCCCUUCCUUAUACCUUCUCUCACGCGAACACGACUUUAUCUGAGACAACUUGAGCCUUCAUGCUACCAGUACAUUACUCCUUGACACAGCUAUAUAUUGGGAGCCAGGAGAGAACCGUUCUAUCAUCUGUACUGUGUGUGACACUGCUCUUGUAGACUGUCAGUGACUGCAUGAGAUACAGAGUCAGCUUGGGCGGUGGCACAAAUUGGGCAUGAGACUUCCAAGGUGGCCGCCACCAAGGAUACCUCUUUACUUCAAGUUUUACCAACAGCUAACAAUUGAUCGACGUGUGAUGCGGAGGGUGGCGGUAUCAGCUUGGGCCAACCAGCGAGGCCGUCGUGCUCUUUUGGAAGGAUAAGCUAAGAAAGUGCGGUUGUCGAGUUCCGGAUUAUCCAAGCAGAGCUAAAGUGUGAAAGUUUCUAGAUUCAUGGUGUCAAAUUGCAAUGGAUUAUGUUGAUUGUGCGCUCGGGAAGCCUGUGUCUUGCCUCAGUAAUAAGACGGUGGUGUAAGGGUAGUUAACCUUGGAAGUGGAGAAUUACUACCUGCUCGGAAUGUAUUUUGUUUCUACAUGGUUUUGAGUUCCAACUUGUCCUUUCUGG